AUGGAAAUGCAAUUUUAUGAAAUUUGGAAAUGGAACGUUACGUCUAUUGCUGGAAAGGAGUGUGAGGUGGUCGAGGAGAUGGAGAAAUAUGGAUUGAAAUUGAUGGGCAUUAGUGAAGCCAAAAAGAAAGGAUGUGGUGAGAUGGCUUUAGAUAAGGGAUACACAUUUCUAUAUUCAGGGGUGGAAAUGAAAGCUAGAGCAAAGGAAGGAGUGGGCAUUAUACUAAGUGAUGAGUGCCAAAGAAAAAUGGUGAGCUGGACGGCAGUAAACUGUAGAAUUAUUUCUGCAGAUUUAGAGUUUGCUGAAAGGGUGUCACUAAUACAAAUAUAUGCUCCCACAGAUGACUCGGCUGAACUAGAGAAAGAGACAUUUUACUCAGCCUUACAGGAAACAGUUGAUAAGGCCCGACAGUAUGCAAAUCACAUAAUAAUCAUGGGUGACUGGAAUGCGAGGGUAGGCAAUGAUAUCACAAUAGGACAUGGAUGCCUAGGAAAGCAUGGAGCAGAGUCGGUACUGAAUGGUAGUGGCAAGAGAAUGCUGGAGUUCUGUGUGGAUAACUAUCUGUUAGUUGGAAAUUUCUUCUUCCCCCAUAAAAGUAUCCAUAAAAUCACAUUCGAAUCACCCAACAGAGGAAUCAAAAGUGCAAUUGACUAUUUUGUAUACUCAAGGCACUUCAGAUAUGCGGUAACGGAUGUGAGGGUGUACAGGAGUGCGGAGCUCAGUACAGAGCACAAACUAUUGAUUAUGGACACACAAAUUAGACCUCCAAAGAAGUAUAAAUCUGUCAAGUAUGAGAAAAUAAAGAUAAUGGAAUUGAAGAAGGCAGAGAACAGAAGAGAAUAUCAAAGGCUGAUAACUGAGGAGCUCUCGAGGAAGGAGGAAGAAAUUGAUGGAAGCUCAGAAGAAAAUAUUGAGAAGAGAUGUUGCCUGCUGAAGAAGUCGCUGUUGAGAGUUUCAGAGGAAGUGUGUGGAAAGACAGUAGUGGGAGAGCAUGUAAAAAGAACCAAGUGGUGGAACGAUUUGGUGAAAGAGAAGGUUCGACUGAAGAAGUAG